CGGUGUUGACGACUGCGGGGAAGGCACCCCACGUUCCCUCCUGCCCAAAAAAUCGAGCGAUUCAGAGGCCAAACCCAAGCCUCGCAGCCCCUCUUCUCCGCCGUUCCACCGAUAUAUAUAUGCCGGAGGUCGGGUCGUCGGCAGCCUGCGAGACCAGUUCAAUCAAGCAGAAACCCCGGCGUUGCUUGCUCGCUUGCGUUGCGUGUGCGUUCAUUCAUGGCGAGAUCGCCGUUCGUCCUGACGGAGGCAGGGAGGGAGCAAGGCGCCGGCGGAGGGGGAGGAGCGGUGGUGAUGAAGGGCCAGGAGGAGCAGGAGGCGGCGGUGCGGCUGGUGCACAGCCAGGUGCGGCGGAUCAAGCGGGAGGACGAGGAGGCCCGGGAGCGCCUCCUCAAGCUGCGGCUGCUGGAGACCAGGCCCGCCGGCGCCUUCUGCGACCCGGUGGCGUGGCGGGCCUCCCGCUCGCUGUCGCCGCUCCGCCGCGCCGGGAACGGCGGCAUCCCCGUGGGGGAAUGAUGGAUCGGAUGGAUGAUCCGUUCGGUCACCAGCAGCAGCCUGUUGUAGAUACGUAGGGGAGAGUCGUUACCAGUUAGUCGAUCGGUCGGUCGGUCAUCGUGCCCGUCCAUGUUCUUCUUUCCGGAAUUCAUGGGAUCGGAGCUUAGCAGAGGCGACGGUAGGGUGGGUGAUGGCAGCAUCGCCGUGUGACCAUGUGUUAGUACUUAGUAGUAGUUAGUACAACAUGCUCUGUUCUGUGAUCUCCUCCUCGUGUUCUUGUAUAUAUGAGAGAGUUUUAGUACCA